AUGUUAUCAUAAGUGAAGGAUUCAAGAUUUAAGAAUUCUAAGAGUCCAAUUUCUAUCAAAGAUAACAUUAUCAUUCAAAGUCCAAUAAUAGUCAAGGAGUUCAUUAAGAAGCAAGUUAAAGAUGGAGAAAAUAAAAUCAAGAAAUUUCCAAGAGAUAAUGUUGGAAAUAAAGACAGACUUGUUAUUAUUAAACCCUCGGAAUCUCAGAUAAACAGUUAAAGUAUCUAUAAUUCUAUUGCUGAUAAAUUAAACAAAAUGAGUUCCAUAACCUCCAUUAAGAGCUCUGAAAGAAAAGCAAUAAACAUCAAUGCUAUGCUUAGCAGUUAAUAGGAAUCAUUGACACAGCUAGAUUAAAUUACAACUUCUUAAAUGAGUCUCCCAGCUUCAAAGAUCCCACAUUUGCAAGGAGCAUCAGCAAACAGAAAAUUUAGUUUCCAUUUGAUAAGAAUAAAUCUUCCCACCGAGCGAAAACUCCAACUAGAAAUCAUCACACAUAUCUUGAUGUUCUAAAUAAUAAACACAGCUUAUAAACAACUUCAUGAAGCAAAUCCCUAUUGCCCCAACUAGGAUCUUGACCUGAAAGUUACCUUGAGGUGA